AUGAGGAUCGAGCACUGCUUCUUCUGCUCCGCGCCCUGCUACCCGGGCAAGGGCAUCACCUUCGUGCGCAACGACGCAAAGAUCUUCAAGUUCUGCAAGUCCAAGUGCCACAAGAACUUCAAGUUGAAGCGAAACCCCCGAAAGGUACGAUGGACAAAGGCCUUCCGCAAGGCCAACGGCAAGGAGAUGACGCUCGACUCUACGCUCGAAUUCGAAAAGAAGCGCAACGUCCCCGUCCGAUACGACAGGCAGCUCGUCCUCACCACGCUCAACGCCAUGAAGCGCAUCCAGGAGAUCAAGACGCGCAGAGAGAUCGCCUUCUACAAGGCCCGCAUGGCAAAGGCGGGCGUAAAGGCAAAGGCAAAGGAGGCGGACCGUCUGCUCGUACACCGCAACGCUCACCUCCGCGCCUCCAUCGAAGCCUCCAAACAGUCCGCUGCCGCCUCCUCCUCCAAGAUCAAGGUCAAGGCCACCUCCGCAAAGCCAAAAUCCGCCCUCGUCGGCGCAGGCAACUCGGCCAUGUCCAUGCGCAUGGACACCGACUGA